GCGAGCGCACGACCGCCUCACGCCAAGGUCGAGGCCAGCAUGUCUCGACCCGGCAUGGACCGCAAUCCGUCCUCUGCGUCUCUACGAACCCGACGAUCGGUCAUGCUCACGACAGGCACGCCAAAUCUCGGCGGUCUGGCCGACUAUCGCAUGGUGAUACCUGAAGUGCCUACGUACGCGGAAGAGGCAUCCAUUGCACCCAAGAUGCUCGCUCAAGCACAAUCACGCACGGCGAAGAAGGCUAUGCCCGAAUUGAGCAAGACGAACGCUCGAGUGGGCGCUAAGGCAGGCACAAGAGUCAAUGCCGCGCUACUCAAGAAGCGACAAUCUGUGUCUGUUGGGACUUUUAUGCAGGACAACCGAGCGAUGGCGAGAGCAAGGCAUGACCCCAUGCCGUCCUUGCCGAGUGUGUCCGAUAGCUUUGCUGCAGCUCCAUCACUUCAAAACGCGCGGCCUAUUGAUGGUCCGAGACCACCAUCUGCGGGCAGCUCGUCAAAGGCUAUGGCGCUCUUGGGGAUCGGGCAGCCCACAGGCUCUACUGGAUUGCCUGCUUCUACCUCGAGCUCCUCGUUGUCCCGCCAAAGAGCAGCAGAGCUUGAUGUUAGCGCGCUCCAUGGGGAUCAUUUCGAUGCGCAGGCCUUUCUCAAGGAUUUCCUAGCGACCGAGCCUCCCGGCACAGAGCUAGACUCUCUCAAGCGUGCCAAGAUCGCUCUACUAGCUGAGCAUGCAUCCACCUCGACCGAGUUACAGAAGACGGUCCUGAACAAUUACUCGGAUUUCAUCACGGUGUCCAAAGAAGUCACAACGCUCGAGAACGAUCUGCUCGAGCUCAAGAGCGCUCUGGAGGACUGGCGUGGCGUACCGGAGAGUCUCGAAGUCGGCGUCUCAUUCGAAGCUGCUCAAGACUCGUCUUUGAUCGCUAGCAUAGCAAAACGCGGACAGCGCAACUCGAUAGUAGAUUUGCAAGCAGUCUAUAGAUCCCAGCUUGAAGCACUCUGGGAGACCGUAGAGGGCUCAAGAAAAUAUCUACCACCAACGCCAAACCGUCACCUCAUGCACGAAACUUCUGCUUUCACUGAAGUCGAUCCUGCGACUUACCGCACACGACAGCCUGUCCAUCUCGUCCUCCUCAAUGAUGCACUCUUGAUAGCCGUACAGAAGCGAAGGCAAAUGGGCGGCCGAGUCAGGCUUGUCGCUGAACGCAGCUUCGCGCUCAAUGAAAUCUCAGUGGCAGAUCUCAAAGACGCAACGAAUCUACAGAAUGCAGUCAAGAUCAAGCGAGGCAAAGAGACAGUCAUUUUUCGAGCGCCAAAGCUGGAGGAUAAGCGCGUUCUCCUGGCUGCAUUCAAAAAGAUCCAAGAGGAGAUCACAAGCAGGAGGCGGAACGACAGUGCUCGCGAAGCGCAAGCCAGGAAGGAGCAAUCUGAUGGUCGUGCAAUGAGCUUGGAGGCCUUCGUCGGUCUCGCGCCGAGCACGGUCUCGAACAGGAGCGCAACACUGCCCAAUGGCGAGCCUGCUUGGGUCGGUGAUAUUGGCGACGACCUUUCCGUCAAGAUCGCUCUGCGCGAGUUCGAUGAAGCUGUCAGCCUGAUUGAGAAUUGCAAAGGAGCGCUAGCGAAAGCCAUGGCAUCCAAGCAAGAUGCACCGUUCAUGGCGUCCCUCGUCAAGCGACUCGACGCACGCACGGCAGAUCUAGUUACUACACUCGAGUCCGACUUGUCAAGUCAGGAAGUCAGCAAGACAAAGGUCGUCAAGAGCUGUGGCUGGCUCUUGCGUUUGCAAGAGGGCGAACGAGCCCAAGAGGCCUUUCUGGCCGGUCGCGCAAAACUAGUCAAGCGUAGGAUCAGACAGAUCGCAUUCGAAGGCGACAUCCGAAUAUAUAUCGUCGAGCUCGCGAUUGUCGUCUUUACACUCAUCAAGAACACUUGCGAGUGGUAUAUGGCGGCUUUUCCCGAUCAUCGGGUUGCAUCUGGCUUUGUCCGUUGGGCGACGCAACAGAUCGAAGUCUAUGCAGAAGUCUUUCGACGUCAAGUCUAUGGCGCAGAUCAGGAAGCAUCGGUGAUCGAAGCCUCAAAGGCAGAGACGAAGAAGCAGGGUGCGAUGCUGCGAGACGUCGGCUUGGACUUUGGCUUCAUGCUCGACUCGAAGCUCCUGCCGGAAACUGCACCUGCUGCUCGCGAUGACGGUCUGGUGCGUAGACGACGGGCAGACACAAUCAUCGCUGCACAGAAGAGUGCGUUGGCAUGACACUGAUUGUACAACACGUGUUGUUGCGAUUACUUUGCGUUUAUGAAUUGCCGUCUGUGCUUCUCGCAUGUCUCGAGGAGAUCUGUCGCCAGUGAUUC